AUGUCCAAACUUUUCCAAGACAAAGUCGUGCUGGUAACCGGAGGCGCAAGUGGCAUAGGGCGCGCAACAGCGCUCAAAAUGGCCACCCUCGGCGCCUCUAUCGCCCUCUGCGACAUCAACACGCUCGCACUCGCAGCCGUCGCAUCUGAACUCUCCACACCCACACACACGCAACAAGUCGACGUUGGUAGCACCUCCCAAGUGCAAUCCUUCGUACGAUCCACGAUCGAAAAGUUCGGUCGAAUCGAUCACGUCUUCAACUGCGCCGGCGUAAAUCCCACAUCCAUCCCUCUUGAGGAUACGCACGACGAGUACUGGGACAGACUGGUCAACACGAAUCUCAAGGGCGUGUUCUUGGUUACGAGGGAGUGUCUGCCGCACCUGAGGCGCGGCGCGAGUAUCGUCAACGUGUCGUCGAUAUCUGGAAUUCGUGGGUCCGCGAUGCAAUCUGUGUACUGCACGACCAAGUUUGGGCUGAUUGGCAUGUCCAAGUCUCUUGCGCUGGAACUUGGGCCCAAGGGAAUUCGCGUCAACUGCGUGGCACCGGGGUACAUCGAUACGCCGUCAAAUGCGGGCAUAGUGAAGGGUGGGGAGGCGAUCGAGCGCAUGAGAUUGGGUAAUGCGCUGGAAAGGCUGGGCACCCCGGAGGAGGUAGCGGAUGUUGUGGCGUUCUUGUUUGGGGAGGAGAGUAGGUAUGUGAACGGUGCAGUGCUGGAGAUUGAUGGCGCGGUUAAAAUGAGUAGCACAACGAGUAAGUAGAAUCUAACAGACUUAGUUGUCAGGAGAUCUGUUAGGUAGCGCGAUUGUGAAAGCGUCCCAUUUUUAUGAAGAAUAUUAGCAUUACAUCAA